AUGAUCAGCGGAGAGGACGUUUACGAGGUGCUUGCGAGCAUUGUGCCGCUUUACGUGGCCAUGAUCUUGGCCUACGGCUCAGUUCGGUGGUGGAAGAUCUUCACACCGGAUCAGUGCUUAGGUAUCAACCGCUUCGUGGCCGUUUUUGCCGUUCCUUUGCUUUCCUUUCACUUCAUUGCUUCCAACGAUCCCUAUGCCAUGGACUACUUGUUCAUCGCGGCGGACUCGCUGCAGAAAGUGGUCAUUUUUGUGGUUCUAAUUCUCUGGCAGAUCUUUUCCAAGCGCGGAAGCCUUGAGUGGAUGAUCACACUCUUCUCACUCUCCACUCUUCCCAACACUCUUGUCAUGGGCAUUCCUCUCUUGAAGGCCAUGUACGGAGACUCCUCGGCCACUCUAAUGGUUCAAAUCGUGGUGCUCCAAAGCAUCAUCUGGUACACUCUCAUGCUUAUCAUGUUCGAGUACAGAGGAGCCAAACUUUUGAUCGCAGAGCAGUUCCCGGAAACAGCCGGGGCCAUCACCUCGUUCCGGGUCGACUUCGACAUCGUUUCGCUCAAUGGACGUGAGCCUUUGCAGACUGAUGCCGAGAUUGGAGAGGACGGGAAGUUACACGUGGUGGUGAGAAGAUCGUCGACGUCGUCGUUCGUGUCGCACGGGUGGAACUCCAUGAACUCCGACAUGACUCCUCGGGCUUCAAACCUCACCGGCGUUGAGAUAUACUCGAUUCAAUCGUCUCUUGAACCGACGCCGAGGCAAUCCAGCUUCAACCAGAGUGAAUUCUUCACCAUGUUCAAUGCCAGCCCUAAACAUGGCUACACUAACAGCUUCCAAGGCGUAGCGCAGAGGACUUCGAAUUAUGAAGCGGAGAUGAUAAAAAUGAGCAACAAGAAGAGAAGGGUCAAGAGCAUGAGCGGUGAGCUAUUAAAUGCCGGAAUAGCGUCUUCGUACCCGCCUCCAAAUCCCUUGUUUUUGGGGUCUGCGAGUGGCGGACCGAAGAAGAAGGACAGCCGCGGCGCUGCUGAUGCCGGUGGUGGUAGUGGUGGUGCAGUGGCUAAUAAGGAGCUUCAUAUGUUUGUUUGGAGUUCAAGUGCUUCGCCGGUCUCCGAGGGGAACCUGAAACAUGCAACGAACCGAGCUGCCUCUACUGAUUUUGAGGGCAUUGAUCCUUCCAAGGCUUCUCAUGAUCAACCAAUUGCUGGUUCAAAAGGGAUGCAUCAAUUGAUUCACAAUAUGAGUUCUGGAAGGAAAAUGAGUGAAGAUGGGGUGCUUGAAAUAGAAGAAGGAACAAUGUUUCCAGCAAUUGCACCUCCGCGUAGUGGUGGCCAGAAGAAGACGGAUAUGGAAGGAGGUGCGGCAAAGAAGCAACAAAUGCCUCCUGUAAGUGUCAUGAGUAGGCUUAUAGUCAUCAUGGUUUGGAGAAAGCUGAUUAGAAAUCCGAACACCUAUGCUAGUGUGUUUGGUCUCGUCUGGUCUCUCGUAUCAUACAGGUUGCACAUCAAAAUGCCAACAAUUGUAAGCAAUUCCAUCGAAAUAUUAUCUAAUACUGGUUUGGGAAUGGCUAUGUUCAGUCUAGGUUUAUUCAUGGCUUUACAACCAAAGAUGAUAGUUUGUGGAAAAUCAGUAGCAACCUUUGCAAUGGCUGUUAGGUUCUUGAUAGGCCCAGCAGUGAUUGCUGCAUGCGCCUUAGCUGUUGGUCUUCGUGGAGUUCUUUUGCAUGUUUCAAUACUUCAGGCUGCUCUUCCUCAGGGGAUUGUUCCUUUUGUAUUUGCCAAAGAAUACAAUGUGCAUGCAGAAAUACUAAGCUCUGCGGUCAUUUUCGGAAUGCUGGUUGCUUUGCCUGUAACAAUAGUGUACUAUAUUCUUCUCGAACUCUAG